AUGACCACACUCACGCGACAGGACCUCAACUUUGGUCAAGUGGUGGCCGAUGUGCUCUGCGAGUUCCUGGAGGUGGCCGUGCACCUGAUCCUCUACGUGCGUGAGGUCUACCCGGUGGGCAUCUUCCAGAAGCGUAAGAAGUACAAUGUGCCUGUUCAGAUGUCCUGUCAUCCGGAGCUGAACCAGUAUAUCCAGGACACAUUGCACUGCGUCAAGCCACUCCUGGAAAAGAAUGAUGUGGAGAAAGUGGUGGUGGUAAUUUUGGACAAGGAGCACCGCCCAGUGGAGAAAUUCGUCUUCGAAAUCACCCAGCCCCCACUGCUAUCCAUCAGCUCCGACUCCCUGCUAUCUCACGUGGAGCAGCUGCUCCGAGCCUUCAUCCUGAAGAUCAGUGUGUGUGAUGCUGUUCUGGACCACAACCCCCCAGGCUGUACCUUCACCGUCUUAGUGCACACGAGAGAAGCUGCCACUCGCAACAUGGAGAAGAUCCAGGUCAUCAAGGACUUCCCCUGGAUCCUGGCAGACGAGCAGGAUGUCCACAUGCACGACCCCCGACUGAUACCUCUAAAGACCAUGACAUCAGACAUCUUAAAGAUGCAGCUCUACGUAGAAGAGCGGGCGCAUAAAAGCAGCUGA